AAAAAUCACGCAACCCUAGCUUGUUGUUAAUUUUCAAGAAAAAGACUUUCUUACCCGAUGGCAUUGAGGAUAAAUGAGGAAGUGAGGAAGAGAAUUCUAUGAUGGGUCGGAGGGGGAGCCCCUUGGCCUUAGCCGCCCACAUCGAGGAAGAUCAUCACGAUGUGCUGUGGCCCCUGCUGAGCGCCAUCGGGGCCAAACGCUUGCCCUUCACCGGACACAUUUUGGUUCACUUGGACUCGCACCCAGACCUUCUACUCCCACGUUCACUCACGGCCGAGGCGUGUCGGGACAAACGACAACUCCUCCAGCAAGUCAGCAUCGAGAACUGGAUCUUGCCGUGCGCAUUUUUGGGAGUCAUCAAUCGCAUCGUCUGGGUCCGCCCACCCUGGUCCGACCAAAUCCCCAGUGGACGUUAUCAGUUCCACGUGGGGCGGGAGCAAGCUACUGGCAACCUACGCCUCACUGCCCUUGAGUCUUACUUCCUGAGUGAGGCCCUCACCGUGCCGUUGGCCGACUUGACGGAGCCGCAACUCGUGGAUUUGUUGGUGGUGGAAUUAAAUGGCCGUGAGGAGCACCGCAUCAUGGACUUCGUGGGGCCGCCCGACGAAUAUUCCUUACUCUUGGAUGUAGAUUUGGACUUCUUCUCCACGACCAACCCCUUUCUUGGCUUGUAUGAGCGGGCCCAAUUGUACCCGCGGCUUCGGCAAUUGUAUCACUUUGAUUCCGUGCCGUCGUUAGCUACGGGCUACGAACGACUCCGAUUGGGAUUGGAAUCCAGUCAACGUCGUGACCGUCUGCUCGAUCGCCUGGAAGACGUGUUCAAGCAUCUCCAAGUGCAUCGCUCCCUGUCGGGCUAUAUCGGCCCGGGGGAAGUGUAUUUGGAUGUAGUGAGCGAAUUGUUUCAAAGUUUGACGGAUCAUUACUCCGACGAAGACAUCGAUUGGGACUUGGUUCAUUGUGCCGGUUGCACUUGCGACGAUUCUGAACUACCCCAUCACAUCUCUACCGACCUUGAAAUUGAUGGUCUGUUGGAGCAUGUGGAAAACCUACUUGGACGAUUGCCGCGACCCAACAUGGUCACGGUUGCACGCAGUUCCCGGGAUGAGUUUUGUCCGCCACAUCAAGUCGAAUCCAUUCAAAGCAAGCUCGUCUCGUUACUGGAACGCCUCUACGCCGAUAUUGACGUGCGAUUUGAUUACAAAGAUGACGAGUCGACUUGAACUAGAUCUCGAGUAGUUUCUGGUCGACAACUCUUGGGCAUGUUGACACACACUCCCAUCAUGGUGUCGAUCUGAUCAUAGAACAUAGCCCCAUCCAAAGUUAUUGGCUGAAGAAUUCACGGUCUAGAUUUGGGCCUUUGGUCGGAACCACCUGGCUGUUAACCAGGCCUUAAUUGAACAUCAGAUAUCUUUAGAAAGCGAAAGGGAUUGCUUGUUGCGAAGGAUACCCCAUUAAUCCAUUAUCUUUCAGCCAAUAAACGUAUGUAAUUGUGUCAGCUGAGGAUUAACAUAAGAAAAGAGAACCCACAUUCCGAAACCAUGCUCCUGUUUGUGUGAAUUUAAUACUAUUAUUUCUUUUGA